GGGGGGCUCCGAGACGGCACAUUUCCAGGGCCGCGCUAGGCGAGCGGAGGCGGGGUUGGCAGAUCUUGGGCAGCGGGCGAAGAGCCAGGCCCCCGGGAGGGCCGAGCGCGGUUUCUGACGGAUGCGCGGACACGUGUGAGCAUCCUGGGCCCGGUUCGCGAGGAGGGCCCCGGGAAAGCGCGAGGCCUUCGGGCGAUCAGCUGCGGAGGGGCCCCUAAGGUCGUUGAGCCUGGCUGUCUUCCUGGGAAUCUGACCUCCCUCUCUUGUCUCCGUACAGGAUUAGUAUUUGGGGACUCCUGCAGCCCCAGUCCACCUGGUAGACUCUUCAUUACACGUGGAAUUGGAGCUGGCGGGUGAUUGCGACCAUGACGAUGAACCUGUUGGAGGACUGGUGCUGCGGGAUGGAUGUGGACAUCCACAGGUGCCUCUUGGUCACGGGCAUCCCGGAGGACUGUGGCCAAGCGGAAAUCGAGGAGACCUUGAACGGGGUCCUCUGCCCACUGGGCCUGUACCUCGUGCUCAACAAGAUCUUUUUGAGGGAAGAGAAUGCCAAAGCCGUCCUGAUUGAGGUAGGCGAGGGUGUGAGUCUCAGGGCCGUACCCCGGGAAUUUCCGGGAAGGGGAGGGGUCUGGAGAGUGGUCUACAGAGACCCCACCCAGGAUGCAGAGUUUUUAAAAAACCUGAAUGAAUUCUUGGAAGCCGAGGGCCGCACCUGGAAGGACGUGGUUCAUCUGCUCCAGCUCAGCAACUGUCCACUGCCCCAGAGCCAGAAUCCGCCUGCAGAGAACUGGCCAGAAGCUUUAGGGGUGUUCCUGGGGGCUGUGGUGCAAAUCAUCUUCUACUUGGAUGCAGAGAUCCGCAGCAGGGAGGAAGCUAGGGCCCAGGAGGCCACUAAGUCCUACUCGAUGGCAGCAGCAGCAGCUUCAGGAGCUGGGAGGAAGGUCAAGAGGGAGCCAGGCAGGGCUGCGGAGGUGGGCUCUGCCCUGAAGGUGGAGAACGCAGACAGCUGGAAUGACACGGAAAAUGAAGGUGACCCUCCCAAACCUUUGGUUCGUAAGGCUGGAGCCAAGACUCGCUCCAGGAGAAGGAAGCAGAAGAGAAACCCCAAGCAGGGACCAGUGCCCUGGAAGAAACUGAGAGGCUAUCAUUCCAACACCUUGGCUUCCUUGGAGGAUCCUAAGACUGAUGAUGGUGAAAAUAGGGAGGUGUCCGAAUAUACCAGAGGUAACAGAAAGCCCUGGGUGAGGCAGGAGGAGUCGGCUGUGAAGAAGCCUGAGGAGAAAUGGUCUCGGAAGUCUCCCAGACAGGUGCCUCAGGACACCGGGGCAGCAGCUGCCUCUGAGUCAGACCAAGAUGGUGGUGGUGAGGGCCCCCUGAGGAAGAAGGGCUGGGCUUUGGCAAAGAGCCCUGCCCUCAUGAGGAAGAAAAAGAAAGUGAGCUUGGGCCCCGUCUCUUAUGUCCUUGUCGAUGUGGAAGAUGCCAAGAAGACGCCAUUGAUUCCAAAGCAAGGGCCACGCUGGAGAAGGGGGGUGUCAGUCCAGAGGGCCCCUCGAGGCUCACAGCCUGCUGCCCAGUCACCAGCCCCAGCGUCACAGGGUGCGAAGGCCAAGCCAGAAGGCUCUGCUCAUGAACCCAGGAAACUGAGUUGGGGGACCACGGAGCUGAUAGAAGACCAAGGGAAGAGUUUCAAUUUGGGAACGAAGCUUUCUCUUGUCAUUGAAUGAUCCAAGACUUUUGACUCACUUAGUUACCCGCUUUGUUUUGUGUUUUUUUUUUUUAUCUUCACUUGAGGAUAUGUUUAUUGAUUUUAGAGAGAAAGGAAGGUGGGGAGAGAAAGAGAGAAACUUUGAUGUAAGAAAAACUUUGAUCAGUUGCUUCCCAUAUGCGUCCUGAGUGGGGAUGGAACCUGCAACCUUUUGGUGGCACGGGCGGCACUCCAACCAGUUGACCCACCCGGCCUGGGCAGGGGCCCACUGUGUAGAGAUCUGGCUUUCAGGCAACUGCUACAUGAGCUCUUAGGUGGGAGGAAUUGAGGGAGGGAGGUAUACUUUUUUCCCCGGUUAGGCCUGCUUUCUCACCACCUCCUAAACUCACCUUGGAAGCUGGUGAGUCAGUAAAAACGGGGAAAAUUCUAGAACACUUAUCUUGAUACAUGGGCAGGGUCACUGUUACGCUUCUCCCCCAUUCCCUGCUGCUUCUGAGGGGUCGGCUGCGGGGCAGGGCCUGGCUUCCUUGUUCCUCCCAGUCUUCAACGUCCGCCCACCAGUCAUCUCACCAGAGGGUGGUAGGGUCCCAAGAGUUAGUUUUGGGACAAAAGAAUGUCCUUGAAGUAUAUGAGUUUUAAGUUCUGUUAAUAGAUGGUGCUUGGAUUUCCUACUUGGGGUAAAAUCCUGUCAGGAGCCUGCAGGGAAGAGGGGUGAUGGGUAGGGACUUGGCCGUCCCGCCUUCCCUGCUCUGACUCCAUCCAGUGCCACCAAAUAUUCAACAUCUUUGAGGCUGAAAACACCUCACAUUACAGCAGGAGGGAAAAAUGUUCUAAAAAGUUGGCCGUCAGUUUCUGCCGUCUGAAUGUACCACAUUACCACGUCUCCUGUGUGCUCCCUGAGGUCCUUGGUUUCCAUACUAUUCUGAGGAGGCCCAAGGAGUACUUGAAGAUGUAAUCCGUAUCUAUUUUUUUACAUAUUUAAAAAAAAAACAAAAAAUUACCCAAUUUACGUUGUCAGUCAAACCUAUCACAUUGGAGGCUAUCAAAGUAUUACCUUGAUUCUGUAAGUAAGUUGUUUUUGUACAGGUCUCGAAUGAAUUGCUUCUGCCAUUUAUUUGCACAUAGGUGUUCUUUUUGCAAGUGGGACUGAUGAGUCAGUCUUGUCAAUGUCCCUGAUGCGGCGUUCAGUCCUGCGCAUGCGCCCUGUGCUAGAAUUGUAAUUCACCAGUCUUGCAGCUGCAAUUUCCAGUUGUGCGAGAGCAAGUUAGUGCACUCACGUGGUUCACGGUAAUAAUAUUCUGUCAGGGAGUGGUUGGCCCUUUGCGUUUUCAGUCUCUCUAUUGACUUCAAUUUUUGUGAUACACAAUGUGAAGUUGUUAGAUGUUGUUAGUGUUUAUCGUGGAAAACACUUGCUGUGACAAUUCCUUUCAAAUUCCUGCAUGAGUCUCACCAAAGAGGCAGGAGAAAAGAAAAAAGCGGUUUCCACUUGUUACUAUUCAUCCGCGUGCAUCACGGGUUUCCUUGGCGUGUGCAGAACGGAACGCGGGAGCGGCCUGGACUCGGUGACGGAAGCCUGCCGCGUUCCAGCGCCUGACUUCAAAAUGGGGUCCUUUUGGGCUUCAUCGUGUGAACAAAUUGAUAGCAUGGUCAGUAAUUGUCAGUGUAUAUGUUAUGAAAUAAAGUUUAGCGAAUUAAA